AUGUCCGCGCUUGCAUUUUUCGUAGCUUCACCUUUAUAUGUUAAUUUGGAGGCAGAAAAGAGUGUUCUCACUGAAUUGGCACAAGUUGUUGUGGCUUCUUACAAAAACAGAGAUAUCCCAUUAUCGUCCUUGGACAAAGUUGAUACGAUGUGUCUGAACAAAGCAUGUGUUAUUAGGAAUUCCCAACGAAGCCUUACCCCAGAUGGCAGAGUUUCAGAGCCAUGGAGCUUUUGUACCGUGAAUCAAGUAGAAGAACUCAAGGCAGUAAUCGGGAUAAUCCCAAUCUGGUCAACAGGGGUAUUGAUGUCAGUGAGUGCCAAUUCAGGCUCUUUGCCGGUACUCCAAGCAACAACUAUGGACAGACGCAUUUUCACCUCAAACUUCGAUAUUCCUGCUGGCUCUUUCGGCCUGUUUUCCAUAAUUUCAAUGGUCUUGUGGCUCGGUUUUUAUGAUCGGUUGGUUCUCCCAUUAGCAUCAAAAAUCAAAGGAAGAUCAAUUCGUCUCGGUUUGAAAGCGAAAAUGGGAAUUGGAAUUUUUGCCACAUGCUUAUCUAUGUCAACAGCGGCCAUGGUAGAGAGCACACGAAGGAAAAGGGCAAUUCAACAAGGAUUCUUAGACGACCCACAAGCGGUGGUGAACAUGUCGGCAAUGUGGUUACUACCUCAGCACAUCCUUAUUGGCUUAGGAGAUGCUUUCAACCUAAUAGGCCAAGCAGAGUUCUAUUACACACAGUUGCCUAAAAGCAUGUCUAGUGUAGCAUUGACUCUUAAUAUGCUAGGAGGGUCCAUUGGCAACUUGAUAGCAAGUUUAAUUUUGAACACCGUGGAUGAUAUUACUAAAAGAGGAAACCAAGAGAGUUGGGUCUCAACCAAUAUGAACAAGGGUCAUUAUGAUUACUAUUGUUGGCUUUUUUGUGGUUUGGGCGUUGUCAAUUGCUUGUAUUAUGUUGCAUGUAGUAAGGCUUAUGGUCCUUGUAAUGAAGAAGCAAGCUAG